CUCUCUCCCAGUCCUCUCUCUCUCAGUCUCUCUCCAGUAUAUCGCUGAAAUGUCUCGCGCGUCGGCCCCCACCUACGAAGUUCAGCCUGGCGACAUUUGUCGCAUUGUCGCGAGCGUGCUUAUUCCAAUAGAGCAAGCGCUCGGUAUCGCCGGCUCUCCGAUGUACUUUACGAAUGCGGGGCAGGACAGUUCAUAUACUACCAAUUCAUCCACGCAAAGCCCUCGUCCGUGCGUCUUCAUGGGCAGGCUGGAGGAAAAUGCUCCUGCUGUUUGCCUCAUGGCUACCUACCAUGGUAAUGGCGUGGCCUCCAUGCCAGAAGUAUACCAAUACUUCUCCUUACCUGUCGACCCGGACGUAGAGCCCCCUGAUGGACGCGUCAUCCAUACUACUCCUCGAUGGCCAGAAUCGAGUCGUACCAAUCAAUAUUUGAUAGCCUAUCUUAUUGAUCCUCACGUCGCGGUUCAAGAGCUGUGGCAUGACCGCGGCAGUCGCACUCCUUCCCGUCUUGAUGCGCUGGGGUUCGGAAAUUUGACAACGACGUGCGACACCCUGAGACGGUCCUGGCAGCAGCGCAUGCUAGAUACGACUCUCAGGAAGCAGGCAACGGAUGAAUAUCUGAAGUAUCGCCGCCGCAAACAGGGAAUACCUCGGUCUCGUAGACCCUCUUCGCAUAGCGGUCCUAGCGGACGCACAGGACCCCGAUCGCCUAUCGGCAACCUUGAGGGCUCGUGAUUCUUCUUUAAUAAUACUCGUCCUCUCCUGCGGUUUCACUCAAAACAUGCGAGGUCCCGUCAGGGUAUCCGGUGUGAAUAUGAAGGACUCAUUUUGUGACCUCCCCCCUCCCCCUCCCCACUCUGCUCGUAUCGAAUGUUUGGUAAUCAUGAAUGCAUCUAUCGUACUAUGCU